AUGCCGUUGUGUGCGUUUAGCGGUUGCUAUAGUGGAAGUAGACGUAAAGAUCUUGUACCUGAUCCAAAUGUACACUUACACAAAUUCCCGAAGGAUAAUAAAUUACGCCAGAUUUGGCUUAAACAAUUACAAAAAGGUUCGAAUAUUCAAUCAGUGAAUUUUGAAACAGCUGUUAUAUGUUCAUUACAUUUUAUGCCUACUGACAUUGUCGAUAAAACAUUGACACAAAUUAGUUUUGGGUAUUCACCUAAAACAUCCCGAAGGCUAAAAAAUGAUGCUAUACCAAUGAGUAUGAAUAGAUCUCCUUAUAUAAGAAGUCCGGAAAUAAUAUAUACAUCGGAAAAUAUUCCAAAAAUUAAAACACCAGUAGGUGUAUUUAGUGUGAUGAAUGAUGUUAAUGAGACUAGCUUGAUGAUUAAGACUACUACUAGUCCUAAGUGUCGCCGCAACUUAUUUGGUAUGGAAAAAAUUAAUGAAAAUGUAAAUAAUCACAAUGUUUAUGAAGAUGAACACUAUGAGAAACUGAAAAAUGAUUAUGAAAAAUUGAAAAGUACAAAUAAUGAGUUGGUACAGAAAAAUUUAAAACUAGAAACAACAGUUCGUAGCCAACAAGAUUGGAUGGCAAAUGAAAAAUUGAGGUUUGAAGGUCAGUUUAAUGUAAUUUUAUCUGAUUAUUUCUCUCCCACCCAAAUUAAAAUGAUACUCAAUCCAAAGAAGAAAGUAUAUAAAUGGCUACCAUCUGACAUAGCAUCAGCUAUUACACUAAGAAGCGUGUCACCUAAGGCAUAUCGGUAUCUCAGAGAGAAAAAAAAGUACCCCUUACCAGGACUUUCAACUCUACGUAAUUGGGCAUCAACAUUUUCUGUUGAACCAGGUAUAUUAAAAAAUAUCCUUACUCUGAUGAAGGUUAAAGGUGAACAAUUAACACAGAUUCAAAAAAUUACGGUUUUGUCAUUUGACGAAACGUAUAUUUCUAAACGUAUUUGUUAUGAUAAAAAAAAUGAACAAAUCAUUGGACCACACAAUAGUGUCCAAUGUGUAAUUAUACGAGGUCUUACUGAAAACUGGAAACAACCUAUUUUCUUUGAUUAUGACACACCAAUGACAAUGGAAUUGUUAUUUCAAAUUUUAAAGUGUCUUCAAGAAAUAGGAUUUGUAGUUGUGGCAAUGGUGAAUGACAUGGGUCCCACAAACAUGAGAUUAUGGAAAGAUUUAGGUAUUACAAUUGAAAAAACUUCAUUUCUCCAUCCAAUAACGUGUAAACAAAUACAUGUAUUUGCAGAUGUUCGGCAUUUGUUAAAGUUGGCACGAAACCAUUUCAUUGACAAAGGAUUUGUUUUGCCUAAUGGAAAAUAUGUUGGGAAAUCGAUUAUUAAAGAAAUAAUUACAAUAAAUGAUGAUCAUGAUUUCAAAUUUGCACAUAAGGUCAGUGAAAGACACAUCUCAUUAGAAGGGCCCACUAGGAUGAAUGUGAAAUUGGCCGCACAGGUAUUUUCCAAUACGGUGUCAAAAGCAAUCGCUUUCCUUGGUGAGAAAGGCCUCCUAAAAACUAAUAAUUGGAAAGAUGCUUCUGAAAUGAUUGAUUUAUUUAAUAAAUGGUUUGAUUUAUGUAAUACCCAGCAUAAAUAUGACAAGGUGUCAAAGGGUUUUGGUUUAGAUUUUGAGAAUCAAGAACAAUUAGUUAAUACAAUGACAACAUUUAUACAAAAUAUGAGAAUUCACGACAAAAAAACACUACUUCCUUUUCAAAAAGGAAUAAUAAUAUCGAAUACAUCACUCCUGAAUUUGUUUAAUGACCUUAAAGAAAUUGGAAUUUCAUAUAUUCUUACAAGGAAAUUAAACCAAGAUAUUAUAGAAAAUAUGUAUAGUUAUCUAAAGGGAAUGGCUGGAUCAGCAAGUAAUAAUAUUACAGCAUUAGAUUUCAAAUAUUGUCUCCGAUGGUAUAUUUUGGGGAAACAUUCAGAUUUUGUUUUUACAAGCAACACAAAUACAGAAACUGUAUUAGAAGAUAAUUUUUUUGAAGACAAUGAAUGUUUGACAAGUCAAAUAAUUAAAGAUUCUGACAUAUUAAAUAAUGAAGAAUGUCACAAAACUAAAGAGGCUAUACUGUAUUCUAAAAAUUCUUCAGCCAACGUAUCAGUUCAGGAAGAAACUUUUGAUUUGUUAAAAGAUUUUGAACUUGAAAUGAAUACAGUAGAUGCAUUUGACAGCAUUGAAUUAGAAUGUGUAGAGUAUGUUGCUGGAUAUGUCGCCGGUAGAUUUUAUGAGAAAUAUCCACAGCUUAUAUCUACUAAAGAGGAAAAUACCAUGUGUUGGACAAAUUUUUUAUCGCGUGGUUGUUUAAAAAUUCCAAGUCAAAUGUUAUUAGAAGGUAUGAAAUUAUUAGCAACAUGUUUUACAAAACAACACGGAAAAAAUGUAUCUAAAAUACCUGGAGUCAUGAGAACAAUAACCGACAUUAUGAAAAAACAACUCACGGACUAUAAAUUGGACAUUCCUGAGGAGGUGUUAAGUUGUAUGGUCCGAACUAGAACAUUUAUUCGUAUAAAUAACAUGAAUAAAUCUAUAUUAUAUAAUAGUUCUUUACAAAGACCUAACAAGAAACUAAAAAAAUUUACUUCAUAG